AUCGUCACUGAGUCAAAGAUACUUGAAGAGUAACGAUACCACCAACAUGGACGAUCAAAAUCAAUUUGUCUUUAAUGAUGAUCGCAUUACGAAAGAUCCAUGCUGAGAAUGUUGCCAUGAAUGGAAGGUCAAUAUUUAUAUUUAUGUUAUCGCUGAUUUUCUUUUGAGAUUUCUUUUUCUGAGUUCAAUUCAGUCAGUAAGAUCUUCUGCGGGAAACUUUGGGAAAAAUAAGCCUCUUGUAAGUCUUCUGUAAACAACAACAAUGGUCAGAUGAUGGCUGGGAGGAACUCAAUAUCAUGCUCUCACAAGAUACAGGAUGCCUCUGGAGUAUCAGCAGAAAUUCCUCUUCCAUGCAACUCUCCUUGUCUUUUGGUUACCACUCCUGAUCGUAUUUUGGCUUUGACCUACGACGCCAAUUCAAGUUUUGUGGUCAUUCCCAAUUCAUCAUUCGCUACAGCUUUAGACUACUAUUACAAUGACUACAACAAGCGUGGCUUUAUAUUUUGGACCGAUAGAAGGGAAAAGAGCAUUAAGCGCUCAAAUAUGGAUGGAACAGACAUAAAAGUUAUCUACAAUAGCAUAGAACAAUGUUACGGACUAGCUGUGGAUUGGAACUCAUUGCAGUUGUAUGGGACUGAUUUAACAAAUGAUACGAUAUGGGUAUCUGACUUUGAAGGAAGAAACAGGCGUAUAGUCAUUUCGUCAGAUCUUGACUGGCCGACAGGAAUUGCUCUCGAUCCACACGAGGGAUUGAUGUUUUGGAAUGCAUUGGGAAACACCCCGAAAGUCGAGAAAUCAAACUUAGAUGGAACUCAACGUUUUGCUAUGGUAACGUCAAAUCUUACUUGGCCAAGUGGUAUCACUCUUGAUCGACGAAACAAACUUGUUUACUGGGUGGACGAGUUCAGAGGCGCAAUUGAAUCUGUUGAUUACAAUGGGAACAACAGAACUUUACUCUUUCAGCAAAAUGGUUUAAACUUCUAUUCAGUUUCCUUCAUCUCUCCUUAUUUAUUCAUCACUGGGUGGAGCAGAAAUUGGAUUUACAAAUUUGAUGUCUUCAAUGGAACUGUUGUAAGCGUUAUAUCAUUGUCCCGCGGAGGAGCUUAUGGACUCGUGGCAUAUGACAGCUACCGGCAGACAUGGGCUGUCACGUGCCCGUUACCUAUCAAUGCUGUGCUCUUAGGAUGCAAAACUGGUGAAACAGAGAUUAUAAAUGGCACAGAAUGCAGGUUCUCUUGUAAAGAAGAAUCCAAGGUGGCCGGUUCAACAGCAAGAAGAUGUAUCAAAGAUGGAAAGUGGAGUGGGGCAGAAUUGGCCUGUACAGGUAUUAGAACAACAAACAUUCGGCAUGAAAAUGAAAAAGAGUCAGACGUUAUUCCUGAGGUUUGGUUUCUUAAUCGAUGGAUGAUCUUGGAUUACGAAUCAAUUCACGAUCGUCAUUUAUCUCUGUAUAUCUUGCAAUGAUUUUAAAUUAAGAUCGUCUUGAUCAAUUGAUGCAAAAUUGAAAAAUUAAAUCGAUGCAGGAUCAUCAGUGGUCUUCUCAGUUUGCAAUAACUGUAGAUUACGAAAAUCCAUCCAGCAUCGUUGCAAAAUUCUCUUAGUUCUGGUUACGUGGUCAUACGUGUGUGCAUUGAUCUUUCAAUGUGCGGAAGAAUACAAUACCUUGACGAUCUUUAACCACCAACUGGUACAGAGUCGUCAAAGGUCUUUUCAUACUUUGCAAUGACGGUAUAUUAUGACAGUCGAUCUACCAGCGUUGCAGAAUUCAUCUUUCCGGCUAAACCGCUUGUCUUGUGCAUCUUUGCAUUUAUCUGCCGAUGUACGAUAGAAUUAAACGCCUUGACCAUCUUGAAUCAGCAAUUGAUCAAGUUGUCAAAAGUCUUUUUGUGGUUUGCAAUGACUGUAGAUUGUGAUAUUCGAUCUAACAUCAUUGCAGCAUUGAAUCUUCUGGUUACGUGGUCUAUCUAAUGCAUCUGUUCAUUACCUUACGAUGCAAGAUUGAAUUAAAAGAAACCCGACGAUCUUGAAUCACUAAUCGAUACAGGAUCGUUAAAAGUCUUUUUGAGGUGCUUAGUGAUUGUAGAUCACGAUAGUCGAUCCAACAUAGCUGCAGCUCUCUUCUAGGGUCCUUUAAAGUCAGACACAAGCAGUUAAGCAUGGAUUAAUCGAUUACCAUUGCAGAAUCGCAACCUUGUCUGUGUGUGUAACUGACAAUACACUUGCAUUUUACAAUAUUUAGUCUAGUGAAUGAUAGUGAUACUGACUGUAACAAGUGAUGCUUUCACUUAAGGAGUACUAAUUUUCUGUUCAGCUUAUUUCUCCAAGGCUUAAAGGGUCUCAUUGCGAUAUUGCUGUAGACAGGGACAGCUUGAAACUUCAUGUACAAUCUGACGCAAACACCAAAAAAAAAUUGAUUGGGAAAAUUGAAACCAAGCUCAAUGCUGACCUUCAGUAAAGAGCCAUGGCCCUUGACAAAAAUAAUUAAAGGUGGGAAAUUCGUAUGACUGAGGUAAGAACCAUUUUGUUUUGUUCAAAGUGAUUGGUAUCUUGUGAUCAGUUACUUUUGAUUCAAUUUAUUGCAUUUUUGUCAUGUUCAUCGGAGAAAAGGUAACUCUGUGUUUAAUAGUAUGACCGUCCAGUCCAAAAAAGAUUAUAUCACAAUGAAUGUAAAGCUUUUGCCUGCCUUUUCUUGUGCACCAUUUUUGAAUAACUUAUCAUUAAUCUGGAAGUUAAAAAAAUUAUCGACAAAUCGCCAUUAAAAAUUUUUUUGAAACUCUGUUUUGUCUAAACAAAGGAGUAUCUCUAGAAACGCCAGUUUUUAGAAUUCUGCUUUCCUUUCUAUCUUUUUUCACAUCUAGUCAGUAGAAGACAAAUUUUUUAACUUGCCCGUUGAUACCAGGAGGUGUUUCUUCAAACAAUAUUGACUCUGUCAUGAAAGAAGCCCGUUGCUCGAAAAUGCAAUACAGUUGAGACUUUCUACCAAUCAAGUUUUUCAUGUGUUUCUAUAGAAACCCUUGCUUCUUGCUACUGCAAAAUGUACCCUGAACCGACGAUCGAACAACGCGCGUGGCUAGUAACAGUUCAGGCUUAAAUGGGGUAAGAUUGGCCCAUCAUAUCUUCUAAGCCAGCACGGUGACCUAUCUUUUUUUAUUGUAUUUCUCGAAACAGAGAUCGGUGAGGUACAAGUUAUUUAAGGAAAGUCGCAAAAACAUAGUUCGAUAACUUUUAUUGUGAGGAAUCCCCUUAACUGAUAACGCUUUACUGGUAUCGGUAACUCUA